GACUUGUGGUUUACAGACGGAAGCAUCAUCGUCAUCGCCGAAGACACCGGUUUUCGGGUGCACAUGUCCCUCCUCUCGCGAUCCUCUCCUAUUCUUCACGACGUUUUCACACUUCCUCAACCCGUCGCCACCGGCUUCGACGGCAACAACGUUUUUCAGGAUACCCCUGUUGUCCACGUCUCUGACAGCGCGUAUGAUAUGCGAUGUCUGCUCCACACCAUUUACGACGGUCGCAAGUAUCUGGCCGAUAUGGGCCGCGAAGUCCCGUUCUCUGUCCUCUCCGCCCUGAUGCGCUUGGGCCACAAAUACGAACUUACAGAGAUCGUCGACGAGGCCGCACAAUACCUCGAGGAGUUCUUCACCGCCGACUUC